CCUUCUUCCUCGCCCGCGACGCGCCCGCCACGCUCGCCUCCGUUCGGGAUCCGUUUCCUCUCUCUGGAGCCCAGGCAGCGGCGAGCACUCGGGAUAUAUUUUUACCAUCAUGGAUCGGUUUAUAGAUAUAUCAGAAGGUGAAGUGGACCAUUCCUUCUUUGACAGUGACUUUGAAGAAGCAGAGAAAUGUGAAAGUAACUCAGUUUUUGGCAAGCAAAAUGAUGACCCUAAAGAGAGAAUAGAUAAAGAUACAGAAGAUGUAAACUUGAAAUUUGGAAUACAAAGGAAGGAAAAUGCAAUAAAGGAGAAAAUUACUCCAGAACACCACCCUGUAGAAAAUAAUAAUAUGCAAACCAGAAAUUCUUUAUCAUUGACCACUUCAAGAUCAAAAAAAUUGUGGGAUGCUACAACAGGGCAUAAAAUACACUUGCCCACUCCAAGUAGAAGUCCCAAAAUUAUAAAAGAAGGUGAAGAUGAUUAUUAUACAGAUGGAGAGGAAAGCAGUGAUGAUGGGAAAAAGCAACAUGUCAGGUCCAAGUCAGCUAAACUACCUAAUAACUUUAAAAAAAACAUAAGUAAAAAGUAUUCCAAAAGUAAUUCCUCCUCCUCCUCUUCCUCUUUGUCCUCCUCAUCUUCAAGUUCAGGCACAGAUUGUUCAGAUGCAGGGUCUGAUAUCUGUAUUUCUGAUUCAUCGCCAUCAUUAAAGAAACGUCUAUGUGGUGUAACCCACUUGUCACCAAAACAGAAAUAUAAACCAGGAAUGAAAUCAACAGGAACACAGCCUUCAAGUACUAAACCAACAGUCAAUGACUACCAUGAGGAAUCUGAAGAUACUGUGACAGAUGUCACUCCUCUGUCAACUCCAGACAUCAGCCCUGUUCAAUCUUUUGAACUGGGAGCAUCAAAUGAUCAAAAAGUAAAAGUUAAAAGGCAAGAAAACGUGAGUCAAGAAGUAUAUGGAAAUGUUGAGGAUUUAAAAAAUAAUUCAAAAUCGAUGAAAUCAACCAAAAAAGGGCAAGAAAAACAUGGGCCUGAUCUCACAUCAAAAUCUUCAGUGUUAGAUUCCAGUUCAGACCACAGAUAUAAACAAAAAGCCUUACAUGACACAAUGGACCUCAAUCAUCUGUUGAAAGCAUUUCUGCAGUUAGAUAAAAAAGGACCACAAAAACAUCACUUUGAUCAGCCUUCGGUAGCACCAAGGAAAAACUACUCUUUCACAAGAGAGGAAGUGAGACAGAUUGAUAGGGAAAAUCAGAGGCUUUUGAAAGAACUGUCAAGACAGGCUGAAAAAUCAGGAAACAAAAGUACGAUUCCUAGAAGAUCGAUUGUUCAUCCCCCUAAGUUAUAUCAUAGUGCCCUCAACAGACAGAGGGAACAACAAAGGAUUGAAAGAGAAAAUUUGGCUUUAUUGAAAAGGCUUGAAGCUGUGAAACCAACAGUUGGUAUGAAACGCUCUGACCAACUGAUGGACUAUCAUCGCAAUAUGGGUUAUCUCAGCUCAUCACCAUCCUCAAGACGAGUGAGAUCAACUCUUGGCCAGUAUAGCCCAUUAAGAGGAGCUUCUAGAACCUCCAGUGCUACCAGUGGUCUCAGUUGUAAGAGUGAGCGACCAGUUUUUGACACAUCAAGUGGCCUGUUGCUAAGACCUAAGCCCCCUAAUGUUCGUACAGCUUGGUUAUAAAAACUUUUUGCUUUAAGCAUUGUUCAUCCAGUUCUUAUUGAAGUGCUCUUGUACAUUACUACAAUUCUCUGUGUAAACAUCUCUAAUUUAAGAUAUACAACGAGUUGUAAUUUUAUUGUAAUUCAAUGCAAAAUUGUUCUCAAAAAGACAGUGUAAAAUCAGUGUUUCCUAUGAGGAUGUGUUUCUAUGAGAUGUAUAUGUAUUUGAUAGAGAAAUGGUAGUAUGCAUGUAUAUUUUCUCAACAUAGAAAUUGAUUCAGCUCUUAUACUGAUGAAACAGUUGUGAUAAUAUUGCUAUAGCACAUUGGACCCAAGAUGUUAACGAUAUUGUUCUUGUUUUAUGUGGUUUUUUAGAAGCUUUAAACCAUGAGCAUAGCUCCUAAAUUUGACUUUUUCUCUUUGCUCCAGAAUUUAGAUGGUAUAACUCAUAAUUUGAUUGUAAGACUUGAUUGUACACUUUCUUAUUAUG